CGGACGGUGUGGUGUGAUACUGGGAUACUGUCAGGGGGCAGAGAGCUGGUUGCCUCUGGUUCCAGCUAACUGGGUUCUCAGGGAACAACAGCUGAUGGAAUGUGCUGUGCUAGACUCAGCCUGCAUUCAACAACAGACAUUCAUCACGCCUGGGGCUGAAGUCCCCAACUCUACCUGGGAUGGGCUUGCUUUGUCCAAGCCUCAACUAGCACUCGCUGUCGUGACAUACUCACAUACACACGUGUGUUUGUGUGUGUGCAAACACACUAACGCAACCUCUCAGGCACAGGAGAAUCGUGGUUCUGCUGUGAGUUGUGCGACUGGAUGAACACUGGAUGGAUAGAAUAGCGAAAACAUUGAGAAGAGACUGACGCACCACGGCACGCUGUCCAAGACACACAAAAGGUGAGGAUGCUUUUUUUCUCGCACACUGCAAUACAGACAAACUAUUCACUUUAACAAUGCAUUUAUAUUGUCUUUCAUGUCAGAACGUCACUACCAUAGAAGACAAACUAAAGAAUUGGAGAAAUUACAAAUUAUUCUAAAAUACUAUUGAAAUAGCUUAUGCAUGUUGCAAUGACAUAUAUUGUAAAUUGAGUUUAUGUAUAGAAGCAGCAUUUACCUGAUAGCUAAAGUGAAGUGAAGUAGCUGCCUGCUGUAAAAGAGUAACCCACUUUCAGAGGAAGGACACUGCAGCUUUAAACGCAGAUAAUUGAGUCUUUAAAUGAACACCACAAAGCUCAGUCACACAAAGCCAGGGAUGCAGAGUAAAAUGCAGGCAAACAGAAAGCGCACACUCACACACACUUCCCCCUAAGAAGAGGGAGAAAAGAAGGGCAGUCUCCUUUCCCCAUCAUCAGCCCCUGCCUCAUCUGUCUGAUCGUCACGCUUGCUCGCUCAGUUCAAUUCUCAUUUCGCUUUUUAUCACAGCCCACUGAAGCCUGCACUGAGGAAUUAUCUGCUGUCAGGACCUGAGGCUGCACUGGGGCGAUAGGGAGAAAGGGCACCAGGGAGCCAGGCUCGGGCCACCACAGGGUGACGGUGCCGCUGUGCCGGAGAGGUGGGGACUCGCAACUCGGCGAUGGCGUCCUCCACCAUGCAGAUCCUCGCCUUCGCCCUGGCACUGCUCGGCGUCCUGGGCGCCACCGUAGCCACACUGCUGCCCAACUGGAAGGUGAGCGCCGACGUGGGCUCCAACAUCAUGACUGCCAUCUCCCAGAUGCAGGGGCUGUGGAUGGACUGCACCUGGUACAGCACAGGCGUGUUCAGCUGCACCUUGAAGUACUCCGUGCUGUCGCUGCCCGCCUACCUGCAGACCGCCAGGACGACAAUGGUUCUGUCCUGCAUGAUGGCUUGCCUGGGCCUCUGUCUCGCCGCCCUGGGGCUGAAGUGCACUCGCUGGGGAGGCAGUCACCAGGCGAAGGGGCACGCGGCCAUCGCCGCGGGGGGUUGCUUCAUCCUGGCUGGCAUUCUCUGCCUGGUGCCCGCUUCUUGGUUUACCAAUGAGGUCAUCACCACCUUCCUGGACUCCAACGUGCCCGAGAGCAGUAAAUACGAGCCUGGGGGGGCAGUGUACGUGACCUUUGUCUCUGCCGGCUUCCUGCUUGCCGGCGGGGUCAUCUUUUGUUUGUCGUGUCCCGGAAAAAGAGACUACACCUCGACCUCCACCUCUACCACCUUUCCUGACAAACUACUGCAGCAGCAGAUAAACCAGGAGCAACUACAGCAUGACUUGAUACAGUGCGACCUGAUACAGCGCGAGCAACAGCAACGGGAGCAGAAGGACUUUGAACAGCAGACGUCGCCUAAUGAGCAGUCGAGCCAGGAGCAGCUACACUGGGGUGACAAAGGGCCCCAGUGUAAGGUCCAAGCGGCUGACGACAUCCAACAGGAGAAGCCUCUACGUGAAGACAAGGGAACGCAACAGUUCUACUCUCCAUCCAGAGUCCCUCCAAAAGACGCCCGGGCUGGCUACAGCCUGCAGGACUACGUUUAAUAUGUUUUAUCCCUAAACACUACUCUUGUUAGUGGGGUGGGGGAAGAAUCCUGAAGACAUUCUACUGGCUGCCUUUGUGAGGGGGAGAGAGUGGAGGAGAGAAAGAGGGGGAGAAAGGUAAUGACGUUGACAGCCUUAUCGCCACCUCUCAUCUGUUCUCUCUUGCUACUGCAAGCACAAGCAGUAAAGGUAUUCCCAAAGUCUUGGAGAAAGACAGCUUGUGGAUCCAGAAUCCUGGGGCAAAUGCCUCCUUGACUGCUGCUGUGGUGGGCGGAAAGACACAA